UUGUGUUGUGGCUUUCCCUGGAACCAAGGUUUCCCAUAUUCAAUUCUCAUUUUUGCCACCAUUUCCUUGUUUCCAGCAGAAAGUUCAGAUGCAAUCAAUGAAAUGCGCCGUUCCAUAAUACCAUAAUUCAUUGAAUUCAAGGAACGUACAGAUGCAGCAGGCGGUGCAUAUGGAAGAGGUGUGUAUGAAGAUAGGAUAGAUACCAGGUUGCGUGCAAGUAUAACUAGGUAUAUCCUGCGCAUGUACCUACCCCGUACUGGUUGGUAUCUAUGCCUGUGUGUGCAGAGCAAAAUCCGGUUCAAUCUUCUUCUUACAGCCGACAUAGAGCCUGAAAUAUGUUCAUUAUCCAGUGUGUUGCCCGUUUAAUAGCUUUUGAAUGCCAGCACUGCCAGGUACAUUGUACUGUACAAGCACUUUAGGUGUGCAGAGAUAUCGAUCUAGGGCUCGUUCAGCCUCUUGAACCAAAGCUACUCCAUACACAUACCAUACCAGAAGUUGGCUGGAGGGCAAAGCCGCAUGAUGUUCAGCAUAUCCUUGUCUGAGCCCUUUCUAUAUAGCCAGGGACUCUACAGAUUAGAUAUAUCCAUGUACUGCAUGUCGUCGUGCUUGAACCUCUGUUCACUGCUGGGAUACUUGUUCCACCACCCCUUAUAUUAUAGAACGAGCGCUACGGCCAGCCACCAUCCUGCACGUCUCGUCUGAAAGAACGACUCUAAGGACAAGAAGCACGGCUCCCGCGUCUAGUUUCGGAACAUGCCGAAAAUUUUAGGGACAUGAGCUUAGCCUUAGCCGUGUUUAGCUCGCCGACGAAGCCUGAAAGGAUACCGAGCAGCUAGCCCAGGGCGCCUGGACAGAGAAGUUGAAAGAACCUGCGUGGAAUCAACUAACAACGAGACCCGGGAUGGUGCCCGCGUUUUAGUGCCCAAACUUUGUUUGUUUCUUGACUACUCCGUACAGAGCACAGAUCUUGAUGCCCUUCGGCAAGUCGUGUGACGCCAGCGCUUGUGGGAAAAAGGGCAAAACAUUUUAGGGCCGAUCAAAGUAGAGGACAUUUUUUGGUCCUACUUCUGGCGAGGGCACGUUUUACUGGCUAACGUUGGAAAAAGAGGCCUGGAUCGUGAUUCUUUCAAUCGAGAUAUUUUCAGUAGUCCAAGAGGCGGCGUCAACUACGAGUAUUGGACUUGGAGAUCAUUCUGGGGAACGUGGAAGCUCGGCCUCUCCUCACCAAACUCGCACAAGGAGGGGCUGUCCAUGCAUGCGGAACCCUCAAUACAGCGACUUGCAUUGUUUCACAUUUCAACAAGUCGAGGAGAGACAUAAAUCUUACCUAUAAUAAUAAUAAUGAAAAGGGAUGGUUGUUGGCAUCAUGAGAUGUAAUGUUGUGGAGGGAUUGUGGGAAGUAUCUUAAACACUUGGGAUACCAACUUCGCCUGGAGCCUUCGACCUGCAAGAACCCAGACACUCGCAGGAUGCUUGUUGUUGAUUUUACGCACCUCAGAAGCAGAGAUUCAGGCCCAUAUUUGUCUUUCGCAUUCUAUUCCGUUUUUCCAACAACCCUGGCUGUUGAAGCGCAGAUGCCGUGGACUUCGGAACUCGGACUUCUAAGGGUGGCAGUAUUUCCCACGCUCAAAAGGAGAACCUUUGGAACUUAUGCAUUAUAAAAAUUACCGGGGUGCUUACUGAGCGCGCUGGAUGAAAUGUUGAAGCAUGAUAUAGCCGAAUACGGGCAAAGUAUGGCGGACAACAGCCGGUAUGGUACUCCGUUGCUUUCGUGUAGCUCCCCCCAAAGGUCAACCUGCAUGACACUAGCGGCCAGCUUCAACGAAACCCGCCGUCCAUGCAAGUCUAGGGGAAGGGGACGCGAGGAUGAUGCUUGGCAGGAUGGAGCAUGAAAACGGGGUUCGCCCGCACCCAUCACACAGAACAGAGGGAUUCGCAUGCCCAUCAUUGGUCAUGUGCCAGCAGAUGAUGUAAUUCGCAACCGAAGGUCAAAAACCCUGGAUCCAGAUGCUGGGAAGGGCUACGCAUAGUAAAGCUGCCUGCUAGGCCUCUGAUAGUUUAGCAUCACCCCAUGCAUAAAGAAUAAAAAUCAUGAAGGGAUAUGCUGUUUAUGCUGUUCUGGUCAACAGAGCGGACGAACUGCUUCGCAAGUUUGCAUCCGCAGUUCCGGGGAAGCAUGGCCGCUUGUCCAUCAAGACGCGAGGAGAAAGAUGAUGAAGCAACGUAGCCAAUCACGGCGCCUUUGAUGACGGAGCCUCACUUUUUAAACUGUCAGCACAGAUGAUGCGGGUCUCUUGCCCAUCUCCGUCGCCUUUUCACCCUCUAGCCUACUAGGCCCUAAGGGAGAUUGAAGUCUAUCACGUGAAUACGAUUUUCAUUUUUUAGGCAAAAAUAAAAAGCAGGCGAUCGAGGGGAUGCGGGGGGUGGGGGCAGGGGAACGAAACCCGAGACGAGACCCGGGAUUCCCACACCGAUGCGAGAGGAUCGGUCAACCGUCAGCUCUUGGGCAAUAAUGGUAUGAGGCGCCUUUGACAGUCACCCUUGAGCAUUUCCGAUGAACAUCAAUUAAACAAAUUGACGGACGGCGGCCGGAGAGCUCAAGAACAACAAAUUCCGACAGGGUGCUACAAAAACAUCACGACGAUGGGACCCUUGGCGACGUGGGGGCAGACUGCAGGAGAGGAGGCAGCGGGUGUUGGUAGGGCCGCUGAACAGGACACCUCACCUGGUGGUGCCAUUUGCUGAUAACGAGAAGGGGGCCAAAGCGACGGGGAUUGCUGAGCUGGCGGCUUGGUAUGAUUUGACAAGGAGGGGGAAAAAGCAACUAGGCCGCCAGAAGUGUCAGCAUUCGCCGAGAUCCCGAGAAGAUGGGUUCACCUUCAGAUGGACUGCAGCAAGAAACUUCCGCUACUCCUGCCAAACAGACACCGCCGUGAACUUUAUCAGAAAAGCUGGGAGUUGAACGUGUUUGGUUUGCACAGAACAAGGGGGUCAGUUUUGUUCGCUUUUUGCCCGAUUCCCUUGUCCGUUCCCCAAGACUUUCCUUCCAAGUCCUUUCCAGAAUUGAGGCUUGACACUUCCGCCUGUCAACAUGGUCCCACGAUUGCUCCAUGGAAUGGAAUCAUGCUCAGUGGUUGGUAACACAAUUCUUCCAGCCCUUGUGAGCCUCUCCAAACAAAUCAUGGGUCACUGCGGAGCAUGUCGGCACUUCUGCUCUUCAUUUCCACCCCCCGUAUGAGUGGGGUGACAUGCAGCAGCAGUGCCUCUUGUUGUAACUCUGGCAUUUUACCGAAUGGGCGCCCCAAGCGAUAUCGGCAAAAUAAACAAAUGCAAAAAAAGCAAAUCGGUAGAAAAGAGGAAGGAGAAAAUGAUAAAACGAAAAGCUAAAAAAAAAUCCAAAAUAGGUACUUGUGAGGGAAAAUACGAGAAAGACGCCGGCGUAUUUUGCCCCAUGUCGAGGCAAGGGCCAAUUUCGUCCAUAAGCUUCUAGCGUCUGAAAUCAUUAAACAGAGCGCAGUUAGCGUUCGAAUCAGAAGGGCGGGCCCAAGUUCCGUCGCCCAUUUCUCCUGGCCACCGCCCACCAGGUCAAGGGGAGGGAGGGGAAACACGCACCAUCGUCCGUUGUUCCUCUAUUCUUUUCCUAUUUUGAUUUUGAGAUCAAGCUAGAGAAGCUUGUUAGGCAUGGUGCCCGCCGCCGGUCACAACACCAGCACCAUAGCAUUAUUUUUGCUGCAAGAACAAGAAGCUAUUUUCAACCAUGACCGAACUUGGUCGUUAACUCCUGAAAGGUCGUUAACUCCUGAGACUGAAAAUACUACAUAUGAGAAGAAUGUGGCAAAGCUAUCCCAGGGGAGAAGAAUUUUGUUUCUUUCUGACCUGGAUACGGAAAUAUUACGCGAACAAACCAAUUCCAAAUUCCAGUCAGAAAUGCUUUCCACUGCCAUUUUUCUUUUUUGUUUUUUUUUCCCCAUCGUGGUGGAAUGACCACUUGGCCAGGCGAUCAGGGAUUCAUGUGAGGUGAGGUGAGAAAGCAUGGAAAAGCCACCGUUUUCUUCUUCUUUUCUUGACAAAUUAUUAUUCAUUUUCCACGUGUGAUUCUUUCUUGAGCCCUCUCUGGAGUUGCAUUUUAUGACACGUUGAAUGCGCUAUUGAACGGGCUUUUCAAUGUCCUUGACUCAUGAAGGCUCUUUGAAUCGAAGUGCCCAGUUUUUCUUCUUCUUUUUUCUUUUUUCUUUUUUCUUUUUUCUUUUUUUUUUUUUUUUUGAGCCGCCUUCAUUUCCCCAAAAGAUUAGUGUUAUUUUCUUUUUUUCGUUUUGGAGGAAUGCUGGAAGUUGAGGUUUUGGUGAUAUGCGUGCUGAUCAUCUGAUUCUCUUCAUAUAGAUUAUGAUACAGGGUCGAUCUGCAUAAGAAAACAACUAAUAUUGCUGCAAUGAAACGCCAAGAGGCAAAAAAGAAGAAGAACGAGGAGAAAGCUGAGAAAAAGAAAGUUUUUUUCAAGCCAUCUAUCUAUCUUUGGUCGAGCCGGCGAAGCGCGUUUCGACUUUCCUUCGAAGUUGAGAAGCGCUCAACUCCUUGUCAAUUCGCCCAGAAAUAGGAGUAAGGAAGGCCCAACCCCUGAGCAAUCAAGGAACGAACAUGGUCACAUCAAUAAUAAUCAAACUCACUCCCUUCUCCUGCGAACAAUCAUGACUGAAUUGCCAUCAAUUUCCUCUCAUUAUGAGUACUGUAGUGCUUCCAUUCCCUCUUCCCCGCUCACCGUCACUUAAGCAUUCAAAAAAGAGAGAAGAUCCCAGCACUGGGAAGAGCUCCCUUGAUCGUGGUCCGUACAGAGUAAGUAAACAUACUUUAUACCGAGAUAAACAUUGAUAAUAGGGAAGGGAACAGGGGUUUAACUAAAUUCAACUUAUC